AUGAAGUUGGUGGAGCACCUGAAGAACACCCACAAUGUAACACACGCCUUCAGCUGUGACGAGUGUGGAAAAUCAUUCAGAAGCCCAAUGAACAUAGCACGACACAAGAUCAUUCACUCUGGAGUGAAGAGAUUCCACUGCGAUUUGUGUGACUACAGCUGCCACCAGAAGACAAACCUAGAGUUCCACAAGAAGCGACACAUGAGGGACUUCAGUUUCAAAUGCAAUCUCUGUGAUAAGGCAUUUUUGUUCAAGUGUGAGCUGCUGGCCCACGAGAACGUCCACAAGAACAUCAAGGCAUUCAGGUGUGAACAGUGUGGGGCUGCUUACACCCACAGGAAGAACCUUCUAUUCCACGAGAGACAAUACCACGGGGACAAUAGGAGCAGUGGAUCCGCCCAGAAGAAGCCCUCGAAGGUCCUCUGUGCGACCUGCGGCAUGAAAUUGUCCAGCAGAAGUUCCCUGAGAGCUCACGAGACUAUUCACACAGGCGAGAAGAAGGAAAUCUGCGAUAUUUGCAACAAGAGAUUCGCCACGAAGUCAGGUUUAGUCGUCCACAGGAGGAUUCACACCGGGGAAAAACCAUACAAUUGCGAUCAAUGCAGCAGAAAAUUUGCCCAGAAAACCUCUCUCAUAAUUCACCUGAGGUACCACAACAACGACCGACCUUAUUCCUGCACGAGAUGUGGCAAAGGAUUUGUUUCCAGGACUCAUCUGACUAGUCACGUAAUCAAGAUUCAUGGAGUGGUUUGA